AUGAGUGUCCAGACAGAUAAAGAGGGGAUAUUUGACAAACAAGUUCCCCGUCCGGCUAAAUCGCCAGCCAAGACAGCCCAAAUUCAGGCACAGAACCGCCGACGGGAGUAUCUGGAGCGCAACCCAUCAUACCUAAGCAGUCUAGAUCACGAACUCGCAGACCCCGUUCUGUACGAACGCCUCAUAAAACGACACCAAACGCUAUCAGAGCGCCAACAAGAAGGCCAAGCAAAAGGGUACGGGCGCGUUCUCGAGGCAGACCUCGCCCGCGGGGAGACCCGCCUCUCUGCGCUGGCGACCGAAGCAGCAGGUGAGCAGAGGACGGACUUCACGCAUCGGCAUACAUGGCGGGCGCAAUCGGAUGUAGAUAACCCGUGGGAUGGGGAGGCUGUCACGAAGGAAGAAGGCGUGGAGCUGUGGAGGGAGUUUCUGAGGGAGCGGUUCAUACGUGGUGGAGAUGAGGAGUUUGAUUAUGCGGGCGUUGAUGGGGAUGAGGAGCUGGAUGUGGUGCUGAGGAGGGAUGAGGAGGAUAGAUGGUUUGAUGAGGAGGAGCCGAGUUGGGGGGACGGGGAGCGGAAGAUAGGUGAGACGGGGGUGCAGGAUUUUUGA